GAAUGAUAAAUAAGUCAUUCUAAAAUGUCUUAAAAGUAAUAAAAAUGUAAUUUGAUCGCCAAGCACGCUAUUUUAAGGAUGUUCGAGUGCUGGGACUAUUGUCCGUAUGACUAACGGAACCAAUAACAACAAGUUAUUGUGAGUCGCGGACGCUUUUAGGAGUUGCACACAAAAUGGCGGCGCACACGAGAACGAGAUUUUUGAUAAACAAGUUCAAAGACUCUGUUUGUUUUAUCCAGCGACGGAAUCGCGUUAAAACGAAAUGGGCCAGCACCAGAGCCAAAGUCCCAGCGACUAACCUGGCUCUGCAGCACUUCGAUGCCACGUAUAAGAAAUACUUCGGGGAGCUGUGGCCGUCCGUCCGUAUCGGGAUGUUGUCCGAGCAGAAGUAUGGAGCCUUGAUGAACAACUUCGCCUCUAAUGCAGACGUGAUCUCGACUUUACAAUCUCAAGGCUGCAGAGACUUCAUCAGAGCUGGAGAAACAGAAACACACGAGCUCUCAGAUGAAUCUGAACAAAAUGAUCAUUCUUCUACAGAACCGGCCCGUAUUAGCUCAAAUAUCCAGUGUUUUGUCUUUCCGAGAGGGGACAUAACUCGAUUCAAACCUGCCAGACCAGACAGCGCAGGAUUAUUGAGUUAUUAUCUCCUGGACGCAGCUUCUGUCCUGCCCGUGUUGGCGCUGGACAUCCGGCCGGGUCACAGUGUUCUGGACCUGUGCGCCGGCCCGGGAGGGAAGACGCUCGCUAUUCUGCAGACGCAAGCUGUCCGGUUUCUGUGGGCCAACGACUUGUCUGGGUCUCGCACGGCCCGGCUCCAGAGGACGCUCCAGAGCUUCGUGCCCAAGGAGCUGAGAGGUGAAGACAAGAUCCGCGUCACGUCUCUUGAUGGUCGCAAAUGGAGGAACAUGGAAGACCUCGAAUUUGACCGAGUGCUAGUGGACGUCCCCUGUACCACAGACAGACAUUCCCUAAUUGAGGACGAGAACAACAUCUUUAAAAGGUCCAGGACUAAAGAGAGACAGACGCUUCCCCUACUGCAGAUCGAACUCCUGCUGGCGGGGCUCCAGGCGACUCGUCCGGGCGGAGAGCUGCUCUACUCCACCUGCUCUCUGUCUCCGCUGCAGAACGAGUGUGUGGUGGAGCAGGCGCUCGGUCUCGCUCAGCAGGAGAUGGACAUCACGGUGCGAGUGCAGGACCUCGGCAGCUUCGCUCGCCUCUUCUCGGACACUUUCCGCUUCGCCCCUCAGCCGGCGCUCGGGGAACUCGUCCUCCCGCACCUGUGCGCGAACUUCGGGCCGAUUUAUUUGUGCAAACUGCUGCGUGUCAGCUGAAGAGGCCCAGAGUCAGGUUUAUACAUGGUCAGCUGUGUGUAAACGACUCGUUGCAACACUGCCCUCUGGUGGAGAUAUUAAAAAUGUGUUUUCUAGUAACUAAAGACUGGUCAAAGGAAUUAUUACUAGAGGAGGAAAUGUCAUUCAUUUCAGUCGUUGCCUUUUUAAAUCUAUGCGUCGAUCCGAAUAGUCGGAUUUUUACACCGUACCGUGGCGUACAUAAGUAUUCACCCCCUUAAACAUUAUUUUUGUGUCACAAAACCUGGAACUGAAACGGACUUAAAUUCCCCGUGAAGCGCCUUGAAACAUGCAAUGUUACUUGACAUGUUGACGUAAUUUCCACUGAAUCAGGAAGUCAGGGCGGGACAUUUCCAGUGGCUCCUCCCCCUUUUUAAAUAGCCAAUAGCGCUCAGCUUACUUCAACGCCCGGGCUAAACAGUAUUUGACGGUUCGUACCAUGGAUAUUUAUAACGUCGGGGGCGGGGCACUUCGGAUUCUAGAGAGCGUUUGAUCGGACAGAAAAUCUGAUGAGAAGCUGAAGUGCGGAAUGAUGUCAUCAAAGCUGUUGAUCCGUAUCGUGUAAAUUUCGAACGCGUGCGUUUUGUGAAAGCGGUUUUUGUCAUUGUUUUGGAGCGCACUAGCGUAUAGAUAACCUUAAGCCUGACAUAUUCAUACUGAAAGGCACACUAAACUGCAGUUUUGAGUUCAAGGGGACUUUAACUGGGAUUUUUACGUCACGAAUCUACUCAAAAUAGCCCCUACAUUUGAAAUGGGAGCAAAAAGAAUCACACUGUUAAAAUGAUGGAUUUCAUUUCGUUCUACGAGAUGUUUAAAGGUUUGAGAUUUUGUUAUAACCAAACCCCGACUCCUACUUUUCCAGAAGUUUAUUCUGGACUUGUUUUGAUCGCUCUUUAUUCCUCAUGAUGCUGUGUGUUUUUAAGUGUGAUCUCAGACUCCAGGAACAGAUGCAGUAGAUUAUACUGAGAUUUAAUUGUGGACUCCAUUCCACUAAUUAUUGUGACUUCUGAAAGCGAUUGCUUGUAAAUCAUUGUGCAGAAUUACCUACGUUGUGGCCACACUACUUCUCUAAAUGUGUAAAAUAAUAUACGUUGUGGUCAAGCAAAUCUAGACUAAGCAAAAAUAUUCCUUCAUUUAAUGAUCCUUUUACUCUGUGAGGUUUUAUAUCGUCAGGGUAUCUCAAAUAAAAUAAUUACUAUUUUUAAUGAACAAAGUGAAAAUAAUCAUGCACCUUGAGUCCGUGCGUCCAAAAGUUCCGUCUGAAAUAGUAAUAAAGUUUUGAUGUAUUUAUUUUUCCUAUAAAUUAUUAUUAUUAUUUUAAAAAAGUAAAGUGUUAAUUAUUGGUACUUCUCUCUCCGGCCCGUAGAUGGCGAUAUUUGGCAGUUUAUUUAUUAAAAUCACUUGCUGUGCUCUUUUAAAAGUGCUGUAUAACUCUCAUAACCAUCAUAACACUACACAGUUUUACUUCUCCUCUUAUUAGCUGUGUAAACUUUUUACUGUUCCCCCAAAUGCAGAAAAGAAGUUUAAUUACAUUUAAAUGAUAUUUAUUAAAUAAAUAGUGGUUUGGUUUAGUUUAGGGCCAGUCAGUACACAGAUCACGUGUGGAGGAUUUUAGCCUUUUUGUCUCCUUUAUUUAUUUAUUUAUCUACCUACCUAUCUAUUAAUUUAUUUAUUUAUUUAUUGCAAAUAGACUUUAGAAAUAUGCAUAUUAAAAUAAUAUUCAGUAUUUUAUGUAAAAAAAAAAUUUUUUUUAACAUUAUCACAAUAUUAGAAUGAAAUUAAAGUGGAACUGUCAGAUUUAUUAUUUAUCCAUAUGUAUAUUAAGAUAUGUUUAAAACCCUAUUUAUAAAAUUCUUUAUUAAAUACAGUGAUAUUAUCUGAGUGUGAACUCUAUCAGAUGGUGAUUGUCAGUCUGAUUGUCAGACUCAGCAGGACGUUAGCGUGAAACCAGGAGCUGCAGGAUGGUGUAGAGGUUUUCUAAUCGCGGUAUGAAGAUGGCGACAAAUCGCAAACGUGUCCGUGCGGAGAAUUAAACGCGGGAACGAAAUGCGUAAUACCACACGAUGGAAAUGUUCUCUUACGUGUUAAUGUGUUACAGAAAAAUCACACAACCAUAUUUACACGUUUAGACGCUUCAUGUUACGCUUCACACGUGCUUCACGUCUAGUUCUCACGUGAUCCGAUUUAUUAUUUUUUUUACACACGAUUUAUUUUUCACCUGAUUCAUUCAUUUUUACUCACUAUGAAUCUAUUUUCACGUCAUCCACUUCUUUUCACGUUUGAUUUUUGUCACGUUUUGUUUUCCCACAUGAUUCAUUCAUUUGUUUCACGUCUGAGUUUUUACACACGACCCCGAAUCCUUCCGUGAACCACCCCCGCCCCCCCACGAUUCGUUAUUUAUAUACACAUGAUUCAUUUGUUUUCUCAUGACUCGUUUAUAUCUCUUUAAUGACUUUUUUUUUCUUUCUUUCUUUCUUUCACGAUCUUCUCACACGAACGAUUCUUUUUCACGUGCGAUCACGUAUCGUUCUCAAUGUUGUCGCGGUUUACUUGAGCUCGCGUGCACGUUCGGGGCGCGACGCGUUGAAGUGCGCUUUCGGACGCCCUCGACACGUGAUCGCACGUGUACGAUUCCGUGUUAACGUCGAGUCACGCGUUCAGCGCACCGCCGCGGCUCCCCGAGGCCGACCCCACGCCUCUGAGAGGUCUGUUUUGUUUUCCACGAGCGUACGAGCUUCAAUUUCCCUCCUCACCCUGUCUAUCCCCCCCGAACCUGCCUCCCAUUUGGGCCAAUGUAGCAUGAAAAGGUGUGCGCACUUUAAGGACGGCACCGGGGAAGGCCAUCGACUCCCCGCUGUCAUUAAGCUGCUCGAAAACAGUGUUCCAUCGGCGCGGGGAUCGAGAUUGGCCGCGCUGUCGUUUAGGUGCCGGGCUUCUGGCUGAACAUUAAGGACGCAAGAGGAUCCCAAAAUGGGAUGUUUCGCCCUCGUUUUCCCAUUCGCCUUUGAUUCCACAGAUGAGUGCAGAUAAUUUUCUGUGCGAUUGUGAGUGAUUACUGUAUUACCGCCGUAAUAUAGGGUUAUUUGGGAAUGCAAAGAGAAUUAAUGAUACAUAAAAAACUAUUUUGCGCGUCGGCUGCGUCUCGCGGCCCGCUAUAGUUCUCCAUGCCUGCAUCUUGUGAUUACCUAAACAUAUUGUAAAUAUGUCUUUCCAUAUGGGCUUUUACAUAAAUUUACAUUUUUUAACACUCAGGAAACAGGGAUCAUUAGGGACGAGUUAUUUUCACCCGUGAUGCCGGAAUCGCAUCGUACACCGCAAAUGUGUGUGUGUGUGUGUGUGAGAGAGAGAGAGAGAGACAGAAAGAGAGAGAGAAUCUUUUUAUAAUGACGAAUUUUGGUUAUUUGAUAGCACCUGGAGCCUCCAUGACCUGCGAGGUGAGGUCAGAUCACGUUCGGCGCACCACAGGGACGCACCGAUACGAUACCGAAUAUCGGUAUUUCACCAAUGGACUUUUCUUUGUACGUGACGUUUCAUAUCGAUUGACACUUUUUUUUUUUCUCCUUCUUUUAUGCAGAGUCAGGAUCAUUAUUUUCAUGUUAAGCACAUCAUUAGCUAGAAGAUAAUAACGACAAAUGGAGCAUCACACACACGCACGCACACACACACAUGGUGCUAUUAAGCGCUUAUAGCUGUACAGAGAUUGUUUAGAGAGGACUCUCUGAGAUGAUUACUCAAAUGAAAACUCCAGACAGGUGAAAAAGCGGCAAGGUCCUAAAUUAUACAGCCUAUUUAUUUAUUUAUUUAUUUAUUUAUUUAUUUAUUAUAAACAGACAUGUAUUGAAAACAGACAAGAAGUAUGAAAAACUCUGGCCUUAAAUGAUCCGCACUGCUCUUUUCCUCAUGUAUCUAUGGCAACGAAAGAGUGAGUUUACGCGAUCGCUUAAAAGUAGACAAAUCCGUUAUCUUUCAAAUAGAAUAUAAUAUUAAGUAAAUAAUAAAAUACGGCAGGGUGUGCUGUUAUAGGAAACGGAUCGACCCCCGUGUCAUCACUUCCUGUCAGAGCUGCUGUUGUAGAACACCAAAGUCCAAUUUUUUCCCAUUUAAAACGGAGUUUCUCGGUACUUCUAUAUUUUUGGGGGCGGAGCUAUGUACGUCUGCACACCUUUUAAACCACCUUCGAUAUGCGAAUGGGCGGAUACCUGGAAUCUUUAACACUCUUAAAAAUAAAGUUCCAGUUCGAACCAG